UGCUGGCCUCAUGUCCUUCAUCUCCGCCGUGCCGGAAAACCAAAGACCCUCUGUGUUCCGGUCCUUGUUAUUUGAAGCAGCUGGAAGAACGGUGAACCCUGUGAAUGGGGCGGUUGGGCUUUUAUGGUCAGGGAAUUGGCACGUUUGCCAGGAGGCGGUGGAGACGGUCCUCUGUGGUGGCGCGUUGAGGCCAAUCCCUGAGUUAACCAGCAAUGAUUCAGUGGCUGAUGAUGCCGAUCCAUGCCUGAAUUCACGAUCCAAGCUGCUAAAACGCCGUCGUUUUCCUGAUGAACCUGCCAAGAUAACUCAAUUAGCUGAUCUUGAUAUUAGUUUAAUACCAUGUUUACAGAGUAAGAAAAACAGCCCUUUGCCGGAGAAGCGGCAGCUCGGAAGUCCGAUGAAUUCUGAAGAAUCUGUGACCACUGUUUGUGGAGAUCAGCAGGCAAGUGAACCAAAGCUGCUUAACUUGUUCAAGUAGGUUUAGUUUUUUGUGUUUUGAUCAGAUUUUGGCUUCGUUUUAUUUUGAUACUUUUUAGUACUUUCAGUCGAGUGUACCAAGCAUGUCACGAUUUUCCUCGGAAUCCAAUUCCAGCAACUUUUGUA